AUGUCUUGAUCCUGUAUAUAUCCGUUUUAUUAUUUAACAUUAGAGUCAAUUGAUAAAAAUAUAUCAUACAUUAAUUCUACCCAUGGUAAACGUCAUUUAAUCUUCCAUGGAGCAAGAUUUUGUUUAAAACAAAAAAAUUUAAGUUCAGUUUUAUGGAGAUGUAUCAAAUCCAAUUGUUCUGCAAGUAUUUCUGUUUCAAACAAUGAUACUAUUUUAAGAAUAAAUGAAAAUCAUAACCAUCUUAUUGAUCCAAAUGACAUUAAAAUCUUGGAACUUCGACACCAAUUAAAGCUAGAAGCACAAACUACUUCAGCACCAAUUGAUGCAAUUGUUGAAGUUGGUUAUUCCAAUAUGAUAACGAAAGAAAAAAUAACCGAUUCAAUUGUAAAAUUUUCUACAAUAAAAACAUUAAAAAAUACUGCUAGUAAACAACGUCGACAAACUAGACCACCAUUACCAAAAUCCAUCAAGGAUUUGCCUUCUCAAAUACCGAUAUUAUAUACACUAACGAAAAACAAUGCAAAUUUUCUUUUAUUUGAUGGAUUUUUAGGUGGAAAAAGAGGUUUAAUAUUCUCAUCUGAAGAUGAUAUUAAAUAUUUAGCAUAUCAAAAAUUUUGA